UUAACUUCUUACCCUAGUUAAUUAGGGUUUAGUUGUUGGAGAGGGUUUUUUUAGGGUUUUAAGAUUUUCUCCUUUGUACGCUAUAGUAUCGACUAAACCUCCAUGGUUGAAAACAACAACCUUUCCGCCAUUAAUACAAGCAUUUGGUAAAGCAGAGAAAUUUAUAGAGUAGAAAAAUAGUACAGGAAUGGAAGCAAGAGUAGGCGUAGUAGUUGAAGGACAGAAAGUUAUAAAAUCUAGUCAUGGCGGAGGAGCAGCAGGGGUUGUCGAAUGUAGUGCAACAAGGAAGCUUUUACAACAAUCGCAAUCGCAGAUUCAGCUUGGGACUGUUUCUCAACUUCUGGCUGGUGGUCUUGCUGGAGCUGUCAGCAAAACCUGUACCGCCCCUCUUGCUCGUCUCACCAUUCUCUUUCAGGUUCAAGGAAUGCAUGCUGAUGUUGCUGCAUUGAGAAAAACUAGCAUUUGGCAUGAGGCUGGUCGUAUUGUUAAAGAGGAAGGAUUCAGAGCAUUUUGGAAGGGAAAUUUGGUUACAAUUGUGCACCGUCUUCCAUACUCUGCUGUCAACUUCUAUGCAUAUGAACAUUACAAGAAGUUGUUGCAAUCCAUUCCUGGCUUACAUAGCAAGAGAGAAAACACUACAAUGAAUGCCUGUGUUCAUUUUGUGGCUGGUGGUCUUUCAGGGAUAACAUCCGCCUCUUCCACAUACCCCUUGGAUCUUGUAAGGACACGUCUUGCAGCACAGAGAAAUUCCACAUAUUACCGCGGUAUUUGGCAUACACUUGAAACAAUAUGUAGAGAGGAAGGGUUUCUUGGCUUGUAUAAAGGCCUUGGAGCAACAAUAUUGGGAGUUGGGCCCAGUAUAGCAAUAAGUUUCUCUGUUUAUGAAACUCUACGUUCUCAUUGGCAGUCUCGGAGGCCCAAUGAUUCCACCAGCGUGGUUAGCCUCACUUGUGGCAGUCUUUCGGGUGUUGUGUCUUCAACAGCUACAUUCCCGCUGGAUCUAGUAAGACGGAGAAUGCAGUUGGAGGGAGCUGGCGGCCAAGCCUGUAUAUAUAGAAGUGGGAUCCUUGAUGCUUUCAGGCAUAUAUCCCGAACAGAAGGUUUCCGUGGAUUCUACAGGGGAAUCCUACCUGAAUACUACAAGGUUGUCCCAGGAGUGGGUAUCGCUUUUAUGACUUAUGAAAUGCUUAAGAAGAUAUUAUCAACGUAGUGUGACUUUGUGCACGCAAAGAUGUUUAUACAGUUUUGGUCCACCAUUUUUUUUUUUUUGUGGAAGCUAAUUGUUGGCGUUGUGGAGGUGGGACAGGGUGAGCGUACUGCUGGUGUAACCUAAUUUUAUGUACAGAUUGAUAGAUUUUGCCUACAGUUGAGCAUAGGCAACAGUAUAUUUAGGUAUUAGGAGUUCUUAAUUAGCUCUUUUAAUGUUUCAUACUAUGGCGCUAAGCCCAACCUAUUUUUGAUGUAAGAUAAACGGUCGUAUGGCCAAUCUCUGCUAUGUAGCUUGUAGGUGACAUUGAUUUUGAACUCAUAUAAAGAUUAUUUAACAUGAUCUUGGGGACAUGAUUCAUAAU